AUGGCUAUGAAGUACCAUCCAGAUAGGAACAAGGAGGAUCCUGAUGCAGCAGCAGCUAAAUUCAUAGAAAUAACUCAUGCAUAUGAGGUCUUGUUAGAUGAAAUGAAAGAAGAUUUUGACGAUAUUUGUGAGGAUGAAGUAAUGAUACCAAUCAAGAGGACUUGUUACGAUGUGAAUUCUCUAAAGACUCUUAUGGCCAAAUGCACCAGUUGCGGCGGGCAAGGUCAUGUGUACACCUCAGUGAAAACUCCUCUUGGUAUGAAGCAACAGGCCCUGACUUGCUCUUCCUGUAAUGGCACUGGCCAUGUCUUUGAUCUUCGCACAUCUGAAAUCUCUUAAGGCUUUAGUACAGUCUUUACAUUUGUAACUUAACUAUUAGUGCAGAAGAACUAUUUGACCAUUUCCAAAACUCAAAUGCGUCUUCUUUUUAAAAGUGAGUGAGAGAGGGUUCGAACUCUCUACCUCAGGGUCACUCGGUAGCCAUCAUGUUAUGUGAACAAAAUACACUAACAUUAAACCAAAAGAACACUUGUUUUCUUUUACUUGCAACUUGUUAUAAAGUAGUACCACCUCCAUCCGACAUAAGAGAUGCAGCAGCCGCAGCAGCGGUCGGCACAACUCCCAUAGAGAUGAACGGUUUCGACAAGUGCACAAGC